AUGAAGGGUUUAGAAUUUUUUUGGAAAGAUCGUGCGGGAAACAAGUCACAAAAAUCAUCCACUUGUUCUUCUCCUAGUUCAAGAGAACCUCUAAAUCCAAUACAAGAAGGUGGAAUUCGUGAUAAUGAGCCCUCAACAUCCAUACCACCACUUCAAAGUACACCACAAAGAGAAGAUAAUUCAAAUGCUAGUACCGAUGAUCACACUUAUGAUGUUGAUCUUCUUCCACAUGACCCCGGAAAAAGAAUCCCAAUCUUGGCAUUCCCAUCAAAUGAACAAGAUGCCGUGAGGAGAGGAUACAUAGCCCAAAAACGUUGUGCCCCACUCUUACAUGAAUUUCCUCAAAGAGAGAUAGGAGGUAUGCGUCGUUUUAAUGUUACUUGGUUUAAUAAGUAUGAUUGGCUUGAAUAUAGUGUUGAAAAAGAUGCGGCUUUUUGCUUUGUGUGCUAUUUGUUCAAAGACAAAAUCAAGUCUUUGGGGACACAUGAUUGCUUUGUUAAUGGAGGCUUUAGAGGUUGGAACAAAACUGAAAGAUUUGAAAUGCAUGUUGGGGAUCUAAAUAGUUCUCAUAAUAAAGCUAGAGAAAAAUUUGAUUUUUUCACUAAGCCAAAGUCGUCUGUGAUUGAGUCAUUUAGCUCUUAUACUGCAGAAGCUCAGAUCCUUUAUAAAUCUCGCUUGACAUAUUCAUUGAAAUGUCUAAGGUUUCUUUUGGGUCAAGGGUUAGCAUGUCGUGGACAUGAUGAAAGUAACGUCUCGGAUAACAAAGGGAACUUUCUUGCACUUCUAACAUGGUUUGCUGAAAAUAAUAGUGAUGUGAGCAAAGUUGUCUUAGGUAAUGCUCUAGGGAACAAUACCAUGACUUCUCCUAUGAUCCAAAAGGACCUUAUUAACUCUUGUGCAAAAGAAACUACUAGGCUUCUUAUUGAUGAUAUUGGGGGUGAUUAUUUUGGAAUACUAGCUGAUGAAUCUAGUGAUGUGUCUCAAAAAGAACAAAUGGCCCUUUGCUUGCGUUAUGUUAAUAAAAAAGGGAAAAUAAGUGAGAGAUCUCUUGUAAUUGUGCAUGUUAAGGAUACCAUGGCGUUGACAUUAAAAAAUGCAAUUGAAACUUUGCUUAUGGAUCAUUCAUUGAGUUUGUCUGCAGUUCGUGGUCAAGGUUAUGACGGGGCUAGUAAUAUGAGGGGUGAGAUAAACGGUUGCUAA